AGAUAGAAACGUCAAUCAGAAGAACUUAAAGUGUGUGUGUGUGGCGUCAUGUGUGAGGACACGAUGUGAGCAAUGUGCUCCGUAAAGUGGAUCAGAUUGUUCGUGAUGCUGGCAGCUUGCUGGGCGCAGGAAGGCGAGUGGAGCGAAGAUGCAGAGGAUCUAGUGUCAACGGUGGAUGUCGACGCAGUGCUGGGCCGGACAGCGUCCUUGCCGUGUGACGUCACACCUGACACAAACGAGGACCGAGUGUACAUGGUGCUCUGGUUUAGAGCAGGCAAAAGCACUGGCGGGAAACCUAUAUACAGUUUUGACGUCCGCGGGCGGUCUUUCAACAAGGCUCUCCAGUGGUCUGACCCGAAUGUGUUCGGGCCCCGCGCAUACUUCGCGACGGUGGCCCGUCCUGCCGCGCUCACCCUUGACACCGUUCAACUAGACGACGAAGGCGUGUACCGCUGUAGAGUCGACUUCAAGAACUCACCUACCAGGAACUUCCAGAUACGACUCUCAGUUAUCGUGCCACCACAUCAGCUGAUAUUGUACGACAAAUCGGGGCGGGACGUGUCCGGAGUCGUCGGCCCAUUGGAAGAGGGGAACGAGCUCGUCCUAGUCUGCGAAGUCAGAGGCGGACGCCCAGCACCAACGGUGAUAUGGUUGAUCGACGGCACACCAGCCCCGCAGUACGUAGGCGAGAAGACAGACACCCACGUAGUUGUUAACAAGCUGGAUAUAACCCACGUAAAGCGGAGCCAUCUUAACACCACUUUUAAGUGCCGAGCUUCUAACACCAACCUCGUCAGUCCUCAAGAGAAGAGCGUCCGAUUGGAAAUGAAUUUGAAGCCGACACUGGUGCUGAUACAGAGCAAGCCCGCGACGUUAUCUUCGGAGCGGUACGUCAGCUUAUCGUGCGUUGCGGAGGGAAGCCGCCCGCCCGCACAACUCACCUGGUUCAAGGACAACAGGAAAUUUAAAAGGGGAAAAAUAGCAGACGCCAUGAAUGACACGUGGGUUAGUAGCACGCUUCAGUUCAUGCCUCUACCGGAAGACGACGGGGUCCAGAUCAAAUGCCAGGCCGACAACAACGCGCUGCCCGGACAGAGCAUAGAGGACUAUUUCAAAUUGGACGUUGUAUAUCCUCCGGUCGUAUCUCUAUCUCUUGGCAGCACUUUGAACCCUCAUGACAUAAAAGAGGGCGACGACGUCUACUUUGAAUGCUCGGUUCGAGCUAACCCAAAAGAACAUCGGAUUUCAUGGUAUCAUAAUGAUAAACCAGUUCUUCACAACGUGGUCUCGGGUGUCAUUGUCAGCACAAAGUCGCUGGUGCUACAGAAGGUGACGCGCGACCACAGCGGCGACUAUUCCUGUCGCGCGACCAACUCACUCGGCGAGACCGCGAGUCAGGCUACGCAUUUACGGAUACAGUAUGCACCAGUUUGUACACACUCCUCACCACAAGUACUAGGCGCACAGUUAGACGAGGUGUUGCACGUUCGAUGUUCAGUUACGGCCAACCCACCCGAUGUUACGUUCUUUUGGCAAUUCAACAACAGCGGCGAGAGUCUGGAGGUCUCACCUGCGAAAUUUGGAACAGCCAACGGGAGCACAAGCGAGUUAAGCUACAAGCCGCAAAGCGACCGGGACUAUGGCGCGCUCAGCUGUCGCGGCACUAACCCCGUUGGCAGACAAGUUGAGCCGUGCGUCUUCCAGAUCGUUCCCGCAUCCCGUCCCGCCCCACCAAGGAACUGCUCUCUCCAUGCUGACACAAACACUACAGAAGGAGUCAACUGGCUCAUGGUGCGCUGCGUCGCUGGCUAUGAUGGUGGACUACCACAGACCUUCGUCCUUGAAGCCCUAGACCCUAUAACCGGGAAAACAAAAUUCAACAGCAGCGUCAACGAGACAGACGGCUUGGCAACCUUCAAGCUAGACCUCGCUCAGCUGUCAGCGGGCAGUGCGGAGGGUGCCACUUUUAAUCUGCUCAUCUAUGCAAAAAACCUCAAGGGAGACUCUGAGAAAACCUUACUCGAGAACAUUGCCUUCAACGACGCUGCCAGAAGGACGGAUGGCAAAACUUCAAUGGGAGGCAUAACAUUGGGAGUUGUAGUGGCAGUUGCUUUAGGAGCGGCAUUAGCUCUUGGGGGCAUUGCCUUCGCAGCACUAUGCGCCCGAAGAAAAAGAUCGCAACCAAACCACAAGCACCCACCAGGCGACAUGCUGGAGCUCAGUGAUGGCUGCAGGAGAUACGUGGUCGCGUAUACUAUAAAACCAUCACCGGAAUCAAAGACGCCGGAACCACAGCCGGACAUUUUAAAUGCACCAGACGGAGAAAAUCAAAAAUUACAGCAUGCAACAAGCGAAGCUGAUGAGUGGCCUAGCAUAAAGGAGUUAAGAGGUGAUUGGAGUCAAACUGGAGCUGUUUUUUCAGCGGAAGAUCUUGCUCUGCUGGACUCCGCCGGGCACAUAAACUGUAACAUGUCACUUAUCCACCAGCUAACACCAGGCAGUGACAUGAUGCCGAGCAGUAGACAAGAAGACGUAAUCAACCAGAAUAUAACGAACAACUUCAGACCGAACUUCGGAGUAACUAAUAGUCCGACUUUAGGGAGUCCGAACUUCGUAUGUCCUAAUGGCAACGUUGGAUCGCCGUUUGGAAGUCAAACCCUCGCUCUUAGUGGGCCAACUUUGAGUUCGAGCAGCUUGGCUACUUCAACUUUACAUAGAAAAGGGAAAGGGAAUGGGAACGUACGGAGGCGGGAGCAUGUAUUGGCCGAAAACUUGCCUGGCCCCGAAAGCUGUGUGUAAACUCUAAAUCGCAGUGCUAUUCUCUAACUCACAAUGUCGGCACAACGCUGAGGCAACGACGCCAUAGAACAUAAUUGGUCCAACAUAAAUUCAAACUAAGGAUU